AUGGGCAAUAUUUUCAGCCAGUUCUAUUUCAUUCCAUCGGCGUCGCUCACGGAGAAGAAUAGUCCCGAUCAAACAGGCCGAAUUUUUCUCGUGACAGGUGGUUAUGCAGGCGUCGGUUCUCAAUUGUGUAAAAUUCUUUAUGCCCACAACGCAACUCCCCAAAAUGCCAUAUCGAUAAUUAAAGAAGCGUCUCCUAAGAGUAGCGGUAGCAUUCAGUUUCUGCAAAUUGACCCGGCUGAUCUAUCCACGAUCAAGCCCGCGGUCAAGCAUUUUACUUCCCAGCAACAACGUCUUGACGUCCCCGUCAACAAUGCCGGUGUAUGUACUUCUUUUCCUGAACCUCCAUACAUACUUUACACACACAAGCAACUUGUUUUGUCGAGCACAAGUGCACAAAGAUACGAGUUGCAGGUAGCGACAAACUGCCUAGGUCACUACCUCCUCUACCAACUACUCCUUCCUCUCCUUGCAAAUGCUGUGGCCCCCUCUCAAACAGGUAGCGUGCGCGUCGCAUGGGCUGCUUCUAUUGCCAUCCAUGUCGACUCUCCACCAACAGGAAUACUUAUCAAUAAUGAUGGUAGUCUUAAGGAUGUUGGCGUAUCAGCCAACUAUAGCCAGGCAAAAGUUGGUAACGUCUUUCUGGCUCGAGAAUGUGCCAAGACUACUCCGCAAACAGGCGUUGUACACACGGCUUUCAACUCAGGUAAUCUGCGCACGGAACUACAACGUCAUUGGACUGGUCUCGCCAGCAAGAUAAGUGAUAAAUUCAUAGUAUAUCCUCCAGUUUAUGGGGCGUAUACGGAGCUCUGGGCAGCUAUUGCCCCUGAGAUAACACCUGAGAAGAGUGGUGCUUAUAUAUAUCCUUGGGGAAGGUUUGGCAGUCUUCCCGGUGGUAUCGAGUGUUCGAUUACUGGAGAAUCGGGUAUAUCAGCCAAAUUUGUGGAUUGGUGUGGUGAACAGACGGAGGCAUUCUUGUAGAGCCAACAGGUUGGAUUCUGGAUCGAAGAGAUGAUUCUUCCCCGCAGGUUCUUUUCCACGCGCACACUUAAAACUGUCUCUCUUCUC